GACACACAGAGACACACAAACGCCGCCCUUUAGCAGAUUAGUUCGGUUCAGUCGUCCGACAGAUCUCGCUCGCUCUGUUGUCAAAGUCCCUUUGAGCAGGGGAGCUCCUUAGGCGUUCCUCUGACACCGACUCACGCCGACACGAGGAGGAAGCAAAAGGAGAUGGCGACUCCUCUACCUCCGUUGCUUGCUUCGGCUCUGCUCCUCUUGCUCUGCACGGUGGCACGCGCGGGAGAUGAUCCGGACGCUCGCAGCUCGGCCUCGUGCCCAGCACCCGCCGCGGGCAUCCCGGGCACCCCGGGCAUCCCGGGGCUACACGGAGCUCCCGGUCGAGACGGCAUAGCCGGACCGCCUGGGAGCAAGGGCGACACCGGAGUCCCGGGACACAAAGGGGAUGUAGGUAAUCCGGGCAAAUUUGGACCGCGUGGUGAAACGGGGCCCCUCGGACCUCCCGGAGUUCCGGGCCUCCAGUCCGAGCCUCGUGCGACCCGGCCUUCGGCCUUCGCCGCGAAGAUCUCCUCCUCGCGACCUCCGUUCGGCACGCCCAUUAAGUUCGACGUCCCCAUUUCCAACGAGCAAGGGCACUACGACCCCGGCACGGGAAAGUUCACGUGCGCUCACGCGGGCCUCUACUACUUCGUGGCGCACCUGCACAUCCACGCCACCCACUUGGCCGUGGUGCUCGUGAAGAACGGCGUUACCGUCGUCAAGUUCGCGAACCACUACCUCGACAGCUACUACUCCAUCGGCUUGAGUGGCGGCUCCGUUCUGAGCCUCGGCGCUGGCGACCAGGUCUGGCUCGAGGUGACCCAACCCUACAAUGGCCUUUUCCAUCAGCCCGAACAUCGAGACUCCACUUUCAUGGGGUUUCUUUUGUUCGCGGAAUAGCGACGCCGUUGUUCGGGUGCCACAUUUAAGGCAGGGGUGGGGAACGUGCGGUCCGCGGGCCGUACAAGGCCCGCAAAUUAUUUGGGUCUGGCCCUGCCAAGGCAACCGCAGGCGGGACUCGAAAUUCAAUAAAUCUAGGAGCAAACCUGGAAAAGCAGUUGCGAGUAGCAACAUCAUAAAUACCAGCUAACAUCACACGCCUCACCGAAGAGAAGCAGUUCCAGCCAUCACAUUAGGGGCGGGUUAAUUAAAUGUUUGACCAAAUAUAACGGGCUAAUUUUUAAGUUGAUAAUUUUGUAUGGCCCGCGAAUGAUGUUAUAAAUAUCCAAAUGGCCCUUGGCAGAAAAAAGGUUCCCCACCCCUGCAGUUCAGGGGAACCAACCAUCGACACAGUGACGGCACGGAACCGUUCGGCUGGCCGUCGAACGAAGACGGUCAGCAUCGCGCGCUGAUUUUCUGAUGCGCUGCUUCUGCGGCCACUGCGAGCUGCCCACUUUCUAGAUCGAGAAACUCGUUUCUUUCAGAACUGCUUGAUGUUCUGCUUGGUCUGUUGUCCUUCCCACCUGCCAGCUCCGAUUUGCGCGGCAUACGGUUCGAAAGAAGUUAAACAUAUAUACACAGAGACUCACAGACACACCCACAGAUUAGUACGGUUGCCUAUGUAUGGUGCGAAAGAAGUUCAACAUACAGUGAGGGAAAAAAGUAUUUGAUCCCCGGCUGAUUUUGUAUAAAAGACACCUGGGAGCCAGAAAUCUUUUUGAUUGAGAGGGGAUCAAAUACUUAUUUCCCUCAUUAAAAUGCAAAUCAAUGUAUAACAUUUUUGACAUGCGUUUUUCUGGAUGUUUUUGUUGUUAUUCUGUCUCUCAUUGUUCAAAUACACCUACCAUUAAAAUUAUAGACUGAUCAUUUCUUUGUCAGUGAGCAAACGUACAAAAUCAGCAGGGGAUCAAAUACAUUUUCCCUCACUGUACGUAUGGUGCGAAAGGAGCUCAACAUAUAUACACAGAGACUCACAGACACACCCACAGAUGAGUACGGUUGCCUAUGUAUGGUGUUCAACACCCACAAAGGUAAACUCGUUGUGUUGGUGGUGGUGCUGUGUUGGCUGUUGUGCAGAUUCAACAACAACUCAACACGCUCCGUGUCAACAACACUGCCAUGAAUAAGGGCCAUUGCCCGAAACGUCACCGAUUAUAUAUAUUUUUCCCUCUAUUAAAGCCACAGUCUGUGUUCGCCGCCAAGGUCGUGACGGCUUUCAUAAUGCCCCGGGACCGGAAAAUUAAGACUGAUUGAUUGAGGCACAGUGGUUAUUGACGAAUGAUUGACACAGUGGUGUUUUGACGGAUGAUUGAUUGAGGCACAGUGGUUAUUGACGAAUGCUUGAUUGAGGCACGUUGGUUAUUGACGAAUGAUUGAUUGAUACAGUGGUUUUUGACGAAUGAUUGAUACAGUGGUUUUUGACGAAUGAUUGAUUGAGGCACAGUGGUUAUUGACGAAUGAUUGAUUGAGGCACGUUGGUUAUUGACGAAUGAUUGAUUGAUACAGUGGUUUUUGACGAAUGAUUGAUACAGUGGUUUUUGACGAAUGAUUGAUUGAGGCACAGUGGUUAUUGACGAAUGAUUGAUUGAUGCACGUUGGUUAUUGACGAAUGAUUGAUUGAUACAGUGGUUUUUGACGAAUGAUUGAUUGAGGUACAGUGGUUAUUGACGAAUGAUUGAUUGAGGCACGUUGGUUAUUGACGAAUGAUUGAUUGAGGCACAGUGGUUAUUGACGAAUGAUUGAUUGAUGCACAGUGGUUAUUGACGAAUGAUUGAUUGAGGCACAGUGGUUAUUGACGAAUGAUUGACACAGUAGGAAUUGACGAAUGUUGUCAGCGGUUUUUUAUUUUAAUCUUCGUAAUCGCCAGCACGAACACUUUUUUGCGUGUGUGUUGCGACAAAACGUUAACAAAAAUAUACUCUUAGGUUUUUUCGUUAAAGUCACGUAGGUAAAAAUAAUAAUAAUAGAAAUAAAAUAAUACAUGAAAAUAAAUCAAUUAAAUCACGACGUUUCGGAGGCAAC